GUGGUGGUGUGGUGGUGGAGUGGUGGUGGUGGUGUGGUGGUGGUGGUGGCUAUGGGCUCCUGUUGCCGAGUGUGGGGGUACAGCAGACCCUCCCAGUGGGGGUAUGGACCCCCCUGGCUCAGAGCCCUGGCUCUGGGAGCCAUCUACGUGAGCCUCUCCUCCAGUCGCGUGCUUCUCAUCAAGAUGUCGUCCAGCAGCGGUGGCUUCGAGUUCCUCCCGGCCAGCGUCAACCUCGCAGCCGAAGGCCUGAAGCUGAUUGUGUGCCUGGUGCUCACCAUCCACACCUUCCUCAGAGAUGCCCGCCCACUACGUGAGCUGUGUGGCUGUGUCCGCUCUCUGCGAGAGUUGGUGACGACGCUUCGCUGGGCAGUGCCGGGCUUCCUCUACUGUGUAGACAACCUCGUCGCCUUCUACGUCGUCGCUCUGCUGCACCCGGCGGUAGCUGUGCUGCUUGGGAACUUCGUGAUCGUAACGACGGCACUGCUCUUCAGGAUCAUCCUCAAGCGGCACCUGUCCAGCGUGCAGUGGGCCAUCAUCGCCAUCCUCUUCCUUGCCAUCGUCGGCCUCGGGAUGGACAACGAAGCCUCGGGACCUCACCGCAUCACCUCCUCCACCACCACCACCAUCACCACCACCACCAACAGCAGCAACGGCAACAGCAGCCUGCGGAUAAACGACCGCACCAUGGCACCCACGUUCGACGUGACGGACGGGGGUCUCCGUAGGGGUCGCAGGGGUCUUGGGCGUCUCCCGGACGAGCCCCCGAAAUCCCCGUGGCUCCUGCACCGCCUGGCCGAUGGCGGGAGCGACGACGGGGGUCGUAGGGGUCUCCGUGGGGGUCUCCGUAGGGGUCUUCGUAGGGGUCGUAGAGGUCUCCCGGACGAGCCCCCGAAAUCCUCGCGGCUUCUCCCCUGCCUGGCCGAUGGUGGAGGUUGUCGUCGGGGUCGUGGGGGUCUCCCGGACGAGCCCCCAAAAUCCUCGCGGCUUCUCCCCCGCCUGGCCGAUGGUGGGGGUCGUCGUAGGGGUCGUGGGGGUCUCCCGGACGAGCCCCCGAAAUCCCCGCGGCUUCUCCCCCGCCUGGCCGAUGGUGGGGGUCGUCGUCGGGGUCGUGGGGGUCUCCCGGACGAGCCCCCCACGCCCACCGCCACCGCCACCGCCACCGCCCCGCCGCCGCUGCCGCCGCACUGGCCCGGUCGUCUCCCGCACCCGGCUCACGCGCUGGUGCUGCUGCAGUGCGUCGUGGCUUCGGCGGCAAACGUCUACAACGAGAAGAUCUUCAAGGAGCGGCUGCCCGCCGGCGCCGGUGUCGCCGGUGUCACCGGCGGCUCGGAGAGCAUCUUCCUGCAGAGCACUCGCCUCUACGGCUUCGGCGUCGCCUUCAACGCCGUGCCGCUGGUGCUGCAGGCGCGGCGGCGACGGGCGGCGGCGGCGGCCGCGGGGGCGUUCGGCGGGCACGGCCUCGCCUCGGCGGCCCUCGUCGCGGUGACGGCCCUGCAGGGCCUGGCGGUGGCGUUCAUCCUCAAGUUCCGCGACAACAUGUUCCACGUGCUGGCCGCCCAGAUGUCGGCCGUGGCCGUGGCGGCCCUGUCGGCGGCGCUCCUCGCGUUCCGCCCGGGGCCGCCGUUCCUCGUGCACGCGGCCGUCGUCCCGCUGGCGGUGUUUGCGUACGCGGGGGCCGGGCGCGGCGGUCACGGAGGAGGCGGAGGAGGCGGUGAGCGGGAUGAGGAUGGUAAGGUGUGCGUGGUGAGGAUGGAUGGCGAGGAGCUGCAGAGUCUCACGAAACCACACGGAGACGAAUCGGAAUCCGACUCACUCUGAGGGUACUCUCCACCAGGAGGGGAGUGAAGUAGUCUCCACCAGGAGGGGAGUGAGGGACUCUCCACCAGGAGGGGAGUGAGGGACUCUCCACCAGGAGGGGAGUGAGGGAAUCUCCACCAGGAGGGGAGUGAAGGACUCUCUACCAGGAGGUAGAGUGAAGGACUCUCCACCAGGAGGGGAGUGAAGGACUCUCCACCAGGAGGUAGAGUGAAGGACUCUCCACCAGGAGGUAGAGUGAAGGACUCUCCACCAGGAGGGGAGUGAAGGACUCUCCACCAGGAGGUAGAGUGAAGGACUUUACACCAGGAGGGGAGUGAAGGACUCUCCACCAGGAGGGGAGUGGAGGACUCUCCACCAGGAGGUAGAGUGAAGGACUCUCCACCAGGAGGGGAGUGAGGGACUCUCCACCAGGAGGGGAGUGAAGGACUCUCCACCAGGAGGGGAGUGAAGGACUCUCCACCAGGAGGGGAGUGGAGGACUCUCCACCAGGAGGUAGAGUGAACGACUCUCCACCAGGAGGGUAGUGAGGGACUCUCUACCAAGAGGGGAGUGAAGGACUCUCUACCAGGAGGGGAGUGAAGGACUCUCCACCAGGAGGUAGAGUGAAGGACUCUCCACCAGGAGGGGAGUGGAGGACUCUCCACCAGGAGGUAGAGUGAAGGACUCUCCACCAGGAGGGGAGUGGAGGACUCUCCACCAGGAGGGGAGUGAAGGACUCUCCACCAGGAGGGGAGUGAAGGACUCUCUACCAGGAGGGGAGUGAAGGACUCUCUACCAGGAGGGGAGUGAAGGACUUUACACCAGGAGGGGAGUGGAGGACUCUCCACCAGGAGGUAGAGUGAAGGACUCUCCACCAGGAGGGGAGUGAAGGACUCUCCACCAGGAGGGGAGUGAAGGACUCUCUACCAGGAGGGGAGUGAAGGACUCUCUACCAGGAGGGGAGUGAAGGACUUUACACCAGGAGGGGAGUGGAGGACUCUCUACCAGGAGGGGAGUGAAGGACUCUCCACCAGGUGGGGAGUGAAGGACUCUCCACCAGGAGGGGAGUGAAGGACUCUCCACCAGGAGGGGAGUGAAGGACUCUCCACCAGGAGGGGAGUGAAGGACUCUCCACCAGGAGGGGAGUGAAGGACUCUCCACCAGGAGGUAGAGUGAAGGACUCUCCACCAGGAGGGGAGUGAAGGACUCUCUACCAGGAGGGGAGUGAAGGACUCUCUACCAGGAGGGGAGUGAAGGACUCUCCACCAGGAGGGGAGUGAAGGACUCUCUACCAGGAGGGGAGUGAAGGACUCUCCACCAGGAGGGGAGUGAAGGACUCUCCACCAGGAGGGGAGUGAGGGACUCUCUACCAGGAGGGGAGUGAAGGACUCUCCACCAGGAGGGGAGUGGAGGACUCUCUACCAGGAGGGGAGUGGAGGACUCUCCACCAGGAGGUAGAGUGAAGGACUCUCUACCAGGAGGGGAGUGGAGGACUCUCCACCAGGAGGUAGAGUGAAGGACUCUCCACCAGGAGGGGAGUGAAGGACUCUCCACCAGGAGGGGAGUGAGGGACUCUCCACCAGGAGGGGAGUGGAGGACUCUCCACCAGGAGGGGAGUGAAGGACUCUCUACCAGGAGGGGAGUGAGGGACUCUCCACCAGGAGGUAGAGUGAAGGACUUUACACCAGGAGGGGAGUGAAGGACUCUCCACCAGGAGGGGAGUGAAGGACUCUCCACCAGGAGGGGAGUGAAGGACUCUCUACCAGGAGGGGAGUGAGGGACUCUCCACCAGGAGGGGAGUGAAGGACUCUCCACCAGGAGGGGAGUGAGGGACUCUCCACCAGGAGGGGAGUGGAGGACUCUCCACCAGGAGGGGAGUGAAGGACUCUCCACCAGGAGGGGAGUGGAGGACUCUCCACCAGGAGGUAGAGUGAAGGACUCUCCACCAGGAGGGGAGUGAAGGACUCUCUACCAGGAGGGGAGUGAAGGACUCUACCAGGAGGGGAGUGAAGGACUCUCCACCAGGAGGGGAGUGGAGUACUCUAUACCAGGAGGGGAGUGAAGGACUCUCCACCAGGAGGGGAGUGGAGGACUCUCCACCAGGAGGUAGAGUGAAGGACUCUCCACCAGGAGGGGAGUGAAGGACUCUCUACCAGGAGGGGAGUGAAGGACUCUCCACCAGGAGGGGAGUGAAGGACUCUCCACCAGGAGGGGAGUGAAGGACUCUCAACCAGGAGGUAGAGUGAAGGACUCUCCACCAGGAGGGGAGUGGAGGACUCUCCACCAGGAGGGGAGUGGAGUACUCUAUACCAGGAGGGGAGUGAAGGACUCUCCACCAGGAGGGGAGUGAAGGACUCUCCACCAGGAGGGGAGUGGAGGACUGGGUGGUGGUGGUGCUGCUAGACUCGUUGUAACGGCUGGGAUGAGAUUGUGUGGAUCAGUUUUGGUGUGUGUGUAGGUGUGUGUGUUUGUAGGUGUGUGUGUAGGUGUGUGUGUGUGUGUAGGUGUGUAGGUGUGUGUGUGUAGGUGU